GCACAAGCGUAUAAAAGCCUCGCGCCGGAAACGGAAAGUCCUCUUCGAGUGAUCCAACAUGGCGGACCAGGGUGAAAAGAAGGAGAACCCCAUGAGGGAGCUGCGCAUCCGCAAGCUGUGCCUGAACAUCUGCGUGGGAGAGAGCGGAGACAGGCUGACCCGAGCAGCCAAGGUGCUGGAGCAGCUGACAGGACAGACCCCCGUCUUCUCCAAGGCACGGUACACCGUGAGAUCCUUCGGUAUCCGCAGAAAUGAAAAGAUUGCUGUCCACUGCACCGUCCGUGGAGCCAAAGCAGAGGAAAUCCUGGAGAAGGGCCUCAAAGUGCGUGAGUACGAGUUGAGGAAGAACAAUUUCUCAGAUACCGGAAACUUCGGUUUCGGCAUCCAGGAGCACAUCGAUCUGGGCAUCAAGUACGACCCCAGCAUUGGCAUCUACGGACUGGACUUCUACGUGGUCCUCGGCCGACCCGGUUUCAGCAUCGCCGACAAGAAGCGGAAAAGAGGCCGUAUUGGUUUCAGACACCGCAUCCGCAAAGAAGAGGCCAUGCGCUGGUUCCAGCAGAAAUACGACGGCAUCAUCCUCCCUGGCAAGUAAAGGACCAGCUCUCCAUCUUGUUUAUAACAAAGGAAUAAAAUUUGGGAAAAACAA